AUGUUGGGAACCGCCAUGCAGUCGAAGGACGUCGGCGCUGGCGUCGGCGCUGGCGUCGGCACUGGGGUCGGCCGUCGGCGCCGGCGUCGGCACUGGCGACGGCGUCGGGGCCAAGCACGCGCCCUGGCCAUAGCAGCCCUCGUUGCAGUACCGGCAGGGCGUGUUCUCGAAGCAGCACAGGCCAGGGCAACUGGGGUCGUAGACGAUCGGCAGGCCGGUGUUGAUGUUCUUCACCAGCUUGCACUCGUCGCUGUUGGUGGGCACGUCAACCAACCUGGCGUGCUGGUGGAGCGUCGCCGCCGCAAACUUUGCAUUGCUUUGGAGCAGGCCUGCAUCAUCCUGCUCUCCACGAGCGCAGUCCCGCCCCGCGGGGCAGGUCUCCGGGUCGCCCGCGCGGGCAGCGGCGAGGGACAGCCAGAGGGCGGCUAA